AUGGACAAUGUCUUGUUACUGAUUUUACUAUUGCGAAGAAAAGGUUAUGGUUCUGUCUUCUUCCCUGGCACCAUUGAUCUAUAUGGUAUUGAUCUUGAUGAAAUUGUUCAUAUAAGAAGGAAAGAAGUGAUUGUUUAUCCUGACGAUGACGAUAAACCUGCAUUGAAUGAAGGAUUAAAUAGAAAAGCAGAAGUUACUCUCGACAUGGUGUGGCCAAGUGACAAAACAACCCGAGAGCCAAUAACUGAUCCUGAACGUAUAUCUUUGAUGGGUUGGGAACAUAGAUUGGAACAAACAACAGCAAAGAUGGGAGCUCGAUUCAUAGAAUAUCGACCAGAUACAGGAUCUUGGGUGUUUCUGGUGAAUCACUUUUCCAAGUAUGGCUUGUCAGACAGUGAUGAAGAAGGCGAUGAAAACAUUGAUCCUGCCAUGAAAUUGAAACUUCUUCAACAAAAGUUAAAACAACAACAACAACAACAGAAAGGUGACGUAACAAUGAAGACUGGUUUACAGAAGCCAAAACCAGCGGCAGUUGCAGCGUUAAUUCCUAAGCAUCGCCAACCUUCUCUCGGAGGAAUUGACUUGUCUGAAGAAGAAUUUAUGGAAUCGGAAAAGAAUGCAUUUGCUGGAGAAGGUGGAGAUAUCACUACUCCAAAAAUGAUUGCUCCUAUGUCAGAAGACAAUGAUCGUAUGAUGGGUGAAUAUGACCAGAAUGAAACGAGCGACAAAGUCCAGGUGAUGAAAGCAUCAUUUUUUGGCGAUGAUGAACUAUCUGAUGGAUCUGUUGACAAUCAACAUCAAGAAGAUCCUGAAGAGACAUCUUCAUUGUCUGUGAUGAAAUCACAGAAGACAAUUCAUGGCAUUGGGUCAACAUUAAUGAAAAGUCAAAUGUCUCCAGUUCAUCAGAUAAGAAAAGCACCAAUGAAAGCUCCACAGACUGCAAAAGCACCCACAGUUGUUUCAAUGAAAAGAUUCCCAACUUCAGUAUCGAUUAACAGAACCAUUAUUACAGGAAAGCACAGUUGUGUGGCUGACUCUGGCCUUUAUAUGGGCCGAAGGUUUCGAGUUGGUUGGGGUCCGAAUUGGUCGCUUGUACACAGUGGGAUUGUUGGAGCAAGUGGAAGUGAAGUCUAUUGUGAUGAUAGUGAAUCAAGUGCAGAUUCUUUGUCAUGGAAAGGGACUGACAGUUUUUCUAUAUUUUCGGCUGACAAUAGAAAUCAGAAUGAAAAAGGAUUUCAAGUCAAAAUAGAGAAAGUACAGUGUGCUCCUCAUCUCUACAAUAAUACAGGAGAAGCAACAGAUGUUGAUGUUCAGUUCCUCAGAAGUGCUCGACUUCAUGCAGUAAUGAUCACGCCAACUCCUGCUGAAUUUACAACUUCAAAUAUUUCACAUUUAAACGCAACAGAAAAUGAAGAAUCUGUAACGUGUCCACAACUUUGUCCAUCAGAUUCUGUUAAUACGUUGAACGUAUAUGCAGAUGUUGCUAAAGAUUCUUGGCAGAAAACUGACCGAAGUCAUCCAGAUUCUGGUACUGUAUAUAUGUCUCAUUUGGCCCUUGGACUCUGCCAAGCAUUAUGGGGAAAUAUGUAUGAUUCUGAUAUGGAGAUGAAGCAGAAGAAAAACAGGAUUGUAAAUCCUUAUGUUGACAUGACGUAUAGAAAAAAUGCUGUUACGACAUGGCUCAUCGAAGCAAUCAAAGGUAAUUAUAAAUAUUAA